AUGGCGCUAUAUUAAAAAAAAACGAUUAAUGGAAAUGGAAAAUUAAAUUAAAAAAUGGCAAGCGCCCGCUAAAAUGGAAAAUUUUACUUAACUUUUUUUGGUUUUAGGACCUAAUAAUCACAACCCAAUAGGUCCCCAAAGCGCUCGAGUGACUGCACAUUUAGCAUACUUUGCUCCCCUACCAUAAACAACGAUUGGACAUCGAAAGAAAAAGAAAUACAAAAGGAAAUAACUAAAAUAGCAAAGGACGAAAGAAGCAAAGGUAAGCAAACGAAAAUCGGCUACAAGAAAUUAAUAGUGAAUGGCAAAAUCUAGAUAUGGGACGAAGAGAGAGAACAGCUGAUAGAAAAUUCAAAAAACUAAUAAACGAAGAACAGCGGCUGAAAUAUGAUAUUGACAUGGCAAAAAAAGACUCGGAAAUGCAAACGGUUAACGAAAACAAAAUAACGCACACAAAAUAAAGAAAGAAUUUCAAUAAGAAGAAAAGAACAAAACCCAUUAGAAUGGGCUCUUGGAAUAUUAGAACCAUGCUGGCAUCAGGUAAGAUGCAAGAAAUAGCUCUUGAAAUGAAAAAAUACCAACUAGAAAUCCUAGCCGUACAGGAAAUACGAUGGAAGAAAGAAGGAAAAAUUGAGAAGAAAAACUUUAGCAUGUAUUAUUCGGGAGAAAACAAACAGGGAACGAAUGGUACGGCAUUUAUGGUGAACAAAAAAAUGAGGGAAAAACUGAUACAAUUCAAAGCAGUUAAUGAAAGGAUAUCUUACAUAAGAAAAUAAACAAGCCCACAUCUCGAUAGUCAAUUGCUAUGCAC